UUUGCUUUCUGAGCAAAGUGCUACAUGUAUUCGUUGUAUUGAAAGGCGGAAAUGAAUACUGUACAGUCGUGCCUCUAGUAAGAUGUAGAAGCUUUAAAAAAGAUUAACUCUGUGUUAAUACUUCUCAUGUAAUAAUAAUUAUAUUAGUUGUAAAGAAGGACUAAACUAUUAUUUGCAGUGUUGGGCCCAGGAUAUUAGAGAGACAAGAUGGGUGAGGUAAUAUCUUUUAUUGGACCACCUUCUGUUGGUGAGAGAGAGGCAUUAGAGCCCUGUGUAAGCUCCAGAAGCUUGUUCUCUCACCAACAGAAGUUGGUCCAAUAAAAGUUAUUACCUCCCAAGCUUGUCUCUCUGAACUGUUGUUAAAACAUUUUGCAACUUUGUGGGCUAAUCCAAGUCUUAUCAGUUCUCCCUUGUAUUAUCCUUUUGGAUUUUGUUCUCCCUGAUACUGCUGAUGGUGACCAUGUAGCUGAGUGUGCUGUGGGAACAACUAUAUUUCAGGGAGUUAGUUGAAAAUCUUUCCAGUAGGCUGAGUGUACAGCAUAUCAUGUGUACACAGUAGACCUGUGUAGAAGUUAAAGGUGCAAAACACAAAUUCUGAAGAUGUGGACGGAUACUCAAAGGAUGAAGGUUGAUGAGAAUCACAUCAGUUUCACUGUGCUGCUGCUUUCAGCAAUGAUGCGCCACAACAGAGGAAGGUGCUGGAGAUACUCACUGGUGUUAUACCUUGUAUGGGCGUAUGUUCCUGAAUCUUGGUUAUUCUCAUUGGGACUAACAUACUGGCCUCAAAAGUACUGGGCAGUUGCUUUACCUGUAUACCUUCUAGUUACUUUAGGAAUUGGCUAUAUACUACUCUUUGGUAUUAACAUGAUGAGUACUGCUCCGCUCAACUCCAUGCACACCAUUACAGAUAACUUUGCAAAAAAUCAGCAGCAGAAGAAAUCUCAAGAAGAAGCAAUCCCUGCAUUGAGGGAUAUUCCCAUUAGUGAAGUAAAUCAAAUGUUUUUUCUUGCUGACAGAGGCAUUUGUAACAGAAAUUAAUUGGAAUCAGGACCUGUUAGAAUAAGACACUCGUACAAUAAUUUUUAGAAACACAUUGUAAGAAAAGUCAAAGGCUUGUCAAUGCUAGGAAGUUUAACACUUUCAACAACUGGAAUAGAUGGAUUUGUACCUAAAUUAAGCUGUGGUCAGCACUGGUUCACCUGUGUGGCAUAGAGCACUGAACCGGGACUCAGAAGAUAUGGGUGUAUUCUCAGCUCCACUGCUAGCCUGCUGGGUGACCUUGAGCAAGUCACUUCACCACUCUGUGCUUUGGUUUCCCCAUCUGUACUAUGUGUAUGAUACUGACCUUUAUAAAAUGCUUUGAGCUCUACUGAUGAAAAGUGUUAUUUAAGGGCUAUGUAUUAUUAAACAAAUUGAUGAUUGUUGAAA